AUGGCUACAAGGGGUGAAAAGGAGAAAAAGGUCAAGAGGGGGAAAAAGGGUAAAAAAAAAGAGAAAGAACGAAUAGCUGAGGUUGACAAGACUUUCUAUGAGUUGACAAUAACGGAUUUAAAUAGAAAACUGGCGCGUUUGCGUUCUUAUAUAACUACCAAGGACGAAACGCUCUUGCAGUUAACAGGGAAAAUGCGUUCUAUGGAAGAAGAUCGCGUCGAUGUGGCCGCGCAUUUGGGACGCACUUUAAGCGAGCGUGAAGAAAUCAUUAUAAAAUUGGAAGAAGAGCUAACCGAGGUAAGCAAGCAGCGUAACAUUGAGAAACAGGAAGCAUCGGAACACAUUAAAGACUUGGAAGCUAAAAACAAAGCAAUACGUAAUCAGCUUACAUCUGAAAUCAAAUUGCUUAACGGUAAAUUAAAUUCUUUGGACGAAUUUCGUAUACAACGCGAUUAUUUAAUGGGCAGAUUCGAUGAUCUUGAGCAAGAGCUUAAAGAAAAAGAACGCUCACAUCAGGAAGCUAUUUACAGUAUGGAGCAAAAUGCAGUAGUUGAAAAAGAUGCUCUUAAAAAAGAAGUUGAAGCAAAAUUAUUGCAAGUCUCCGAAGAUUUUACGCGAUCCAGUGAGAUACGAAAUGCUGGUUACACUAGACGUCUUAUACGUGAAAAUAUCGCUCUUCAAAAGGAGAUUGAGAUCUUGGUCUUAUCACAAAUUAAAAUUCAGCGAGACUUUAAAGAACAAUUGGCAAAGCAUAAGGAAAUUUCAGAACAAUACGCAGCCUUGGGCCAAUUAAAAACCCAGCUCAUUCAUAGUUCACAAAAUAAAAUCAACAUUAUUGAGAAACUGACGAGUAGAUAUGAAAAAUUAAAAUUGAAAUAUACGGAGAAUGUCAAAUAUCGGUCCCUAUAUGAAAAUAUAAUGCGGCGUGACGUGUGCGAUCGUUUCACUUUUAACGAUACUUCAAAGAAAUUGCGCGCAAUGGGUCAAAAAUUGGAAAAACUGAAAAUGGAGAAAAAUCGUAUGCUCUCGAUACAUAAGCAACACGAAUACGAAAUUUCACGUUUGCAAGCGGUAAUUGAGCACAUAAAAAAAGCUUUAACUACAUCCAUUAUACGUGAAAAAGGGAAAGAGGAAAAGGAAAAGGAAGAGAAAGGAAAAGAAACACCUCAAUCUGUUAGAGAGAUUGCUGAAGACGAAGCAGUGCGAGAAAUUACACGCCGAGAUCUCAUUAGUGAACUUGUCGAUAUAAUAAGCAGCCAUUUGGAUUAUUAUCCGCGUACUCCAUCUAUCUUAAGUCUUGUGCGUUCUCGUAGCUCGAUUUAUCGACCCGGUAGAAUGGGUUUCCUACCACGGUCACCUUCCUCGCUUAUGGAAAUCUUUAAACGCGAAGCCAAAGAUGCUACAUCAGUAGCGGUUCUCUCAAGUGAAUUUAAAUUGCAAAGCCAAUCCAGCAAAAUUAUACCUAAAGCACGUACGAGCAAUGUUGGAUCUAUUGUAGACGUUGAAUUAGGUUCCACUUUUUACGCCUCAUCCUCUCAUGAUAAUCUUCGCGGGUUAAAAGGCGAUGAAGAGGAAGCGGGCGAAGAGGCUUCAAGCGAUGAGUACCAAUCCUCCGAGCCGAUACAACCCGAGAUUGCAGAAGAAAAUGCAGUGCCAACUGAUUACAAUACAGCUCCUACUCACACUUCCUCCGUAGCUGAGGAAGUGGAAGUGGAAGAGAAAGAGUCUGACCCCCUAUCAAGACAAUCUAUACUUUCGCAUACCUCCCUUACAGAAAGUAGCCUUCUUUCGGAAAGCGACGGCGACGCGUUUGAAAUUAAUUUGUUUUAUUAA